AUGAAUGCUCUAGCUUGGAAUUGUCGUGGUCUGGCCAAUCCACGAGCUAUUCGAUUCCUAAAAAAUUUGGUCAUCAAGAAUAAACCUUCUUUUCUUUUUCUUUGUGAAAUGAUGGUUUCUUCUAUUCGUAUUAAUGCUAUUAAAGUUUCUUUGGGGUAUGAUUGUAUGCAUGUGGUUGAUAGUAUAUGGCAUAAAGGAGGAGUUACUCUCCUCUGGAAAGGCUGUGACGUGGAGGUUAGAGGAAGUUGUGCGAAUUUUAUUGAUAUUAAUGUCUUAUGUGGAGGAAGCGCACAUUGGAGGUUGACAGGCUACUAUGGAUUCCCAGAACGUUCAAGAAGGAGAGAAUUAUGGGCCUUGUUAAAAGAGUUAGGUAGUCAGUCAAGUUUACCUUGGUGUAUCCUCGGGGAUUUUAAUGAUCUCCUUUCGAAGGAGGAGAAGAGAGGAGGUGGUGUUCAGCCUGCUUGGUUAAUCAAUUGGUUUCGAAAGGCAAUUUUCGAGUGCGGUCUGUCAGAUUUGGGAGCGAGAGGUUACUGGUUUACGUGGGAAAGGGGUCGGGGUACGAGCAGAUGGGUUGAGGAGAGGCUUGAUAGAGUCUUGUGUAAUAGCAGUUGGGCCGAGUUAUUCCCACAAGCUGAAGCGUUGAAUUUGGAGCUUUCAAGCUCUGACCACAAGCCAAUUUUACUUAACCGGUCUCGGCAGGAAAGUAGGCAUCAUAAGCGCAGGUUCAGAUUCAAAAAUAUCUGGGUCUCUAAGGAUGAUUGUCGUUCCAAUAUAGCUGCUAGUUGGAAUAGUUCAGAAGGAAAUUAUGUUGUGCAGAAAAUAAAGAAUACGAGUGUAUCUCUGGCAGUGUGGAGUAAAGGGUUAUUGCCAAAUUUUUCAAAGGAGAUUGCAUUAAAGAAAAAACAAAUUGAUAGAUUCCAGCUGAGACGUGAUGAGGAAGGUAUUCGCUUAUUCAAUCGUUAUUCCAAGGAGCUCCAUGAGCUACUUGAGAAGGAGGAGACAUAUUUGAAACAACGAGCAAAACAUUUCUGGUUGAAAGAUGGAGACUCUAACACUAAAUAUUUUCAUAGAGUUGCUUCUAAUCGGAAAAAGAAGAAUAAUCUGCUGAAGCUUCGUGAUGAGGGGGGUGUUUGGAGGUCUUCGAGUUGGGAGAUUGCUGGAAUUUUAAAAAGAUACUUCAGUGAGCUAAUUGCUUCGCCGAUAGAGGGGCUGUUGUUGCAUGAACCUGCUGUCCAAAGUCGGUUCAAUGCGCAUCAUAAUGAAAUUCUUAUGCAACAAGCUACGUUUGAGGAAGUUAGGAAAGCGGUGUUUAGUAUGCACAAUGACAAAGCGUCGGGACCGGACGGGUUGAAUCCAACCUUUUACAAGAACUACUGGAAUAUAGUUGGCUCAGAUGUUGUGAAAAUGUGUAGGCAGUUUAUGGCGAAUGGGAAGCUAGGGGAGGGUUUAAAUAAUACGGGUAUUGUUUUAAUUCCUAAAAUAAAUAGUCCCGAGUAUGUUACUGAUUUAAGACCAAUUGCUUUGUGUAAUGUAGCUUAUAAAAUUUUGUCUAAAGUUCUUACAAAUCGUAUGACAAAGUUAAUGCCGCUGAUUAUAUCAGAAAAUCAGAGUGAUUUUGUUGAAAAUAGACUCAUUACGGAUAACUUUCUGGUUGCCUUUGAGAUUGGGCAUUAUUUGCGCAGGAGAAGUAGAGGGCAGGAUGGGUUGGCGGCUCUAAGAAUUGACAUGAGAAAAGCCUACGAUAUAAUUGAGUAG